UUCUCAUGCUCACCUUUUUUUUUUCUUUUACCUAAGGUUUGGCCCCAAGGAAAGAAUCCUCUAGAGAGCGAAAGAGAGAUUUGUUGAGGAAAGGAAAAAUGGAUAGGUACCAGAAGGUGGAGAAGGCAAGGAGGGCAGAGGAAUCCAUAAAGGAAAAUGAGAUCAGAGUCACUGCUCAAGGUCUUAUUCGUAAUUACAUUAGCUAUGCCACCACUCUUCUUCAGGACCAACGAACAGAGGAAAUUGUUUUGAAGGCAAUGGGACAGGCUAUCAGUAAAACAGUUGCCAUUGCAGAGAUUAUAAAGAAGAGAAUUCCCGGGUUGUAUCAAGAUACAUCUAUAAGCUCAACUACCAUAACUGAUGCAUAUGAGCCCAUUGAAGAGGGUCUACAACCCUUGGAGAUGACUCGCCAGGUCUCCCUGAUCACAAUUACUUUGUCGACUGUUGAGUUGGAUAAAAGCUCUCCCGGCUACCAAGCCCCAUCUGAUUUUGACCCAUCAAAAGCAGACAACCAACAACUACAGCAAGCAAAACAAGUGUAUGUUCCUUCAGAUGGUAAUCAAGAUUCAUAUGGUGUCUGUGGUAGAGGUCGAGGUAGGGGCAGAGGCAGAGGGCGAGGAAGGGGACGUGGCUGGGGUGGUUAUGGAAACUACUACCAAGAUGAUGGCGGAUAUUAUAAUCCAGGUCGAGGUGGUGGAUUUGCAGAUAAUGGUGGAAAUUAUAAUCCAGGUCGAGGUGGCGGUAGAGGUAGAGGUUGGGGAUACCGUGGCACGGGAUACGGAAGGGGCAGAGGUGGAGGCUGGGGUGGUGGCAGAGGUUAUAGUCGUGGACAAGGCCGAAUGGGCGGUCGGGGAAGGGGUGGUGGAAACCAAUCUGUUUGAGCUUAAAUCUAUAGCUUGAUAUUGCAGAAGCUCUGGUAUAGUAUGAAACUUUUUGGGUGAAUUUUCAUGCAGUUUUGUUGAUGUUACUUGGCAAAGGUUUUGUUGUUUGGUGGUUUCUUUUGCUUUAGUUGGAGAGCCAUUUGUUGGCUCUUAUAUUCCCCAUGAUUCAUUUUGUUCUUUUGGUGAUGCCCUGUAAUAAGUUUUCAUUUUUCAGUGUAUAUAGACUAUUUACUUCACUUUCCCCUCAUAUUAAUACUA